UCUGCCUCCGGCUCUGCGCUCACCUACUGCCCAAGCCUCCCGCUCCUGCCCCAGGACUCCAGGCGGGACCCCAGGCGGGACCCCAGCCCAUUCCAGACUCAGCCCCAGCCCAGACAGCGUGCAACGCCGCCAGGGGGCGCCGUGUGAGCACCCUAUCUUGGCUACCCGGCGCCCCCUCCCACGGCCCAGGCGGGACGGGACGGGGGCGCCGGGGGCCAUGCGGGGCCAGGGCCGCAAGGAGAGUUUGUCCGAUUCCCGAGACCUGGAUGGAUCCUAUGACCAGCUCACAGGCCACCCUCCAGGGCCCACUAAAAAAGCGCUGAAGCAGCGGUUCCUCAAGCUGCUGCCUUGCUGCGGGCCCCAAGCCCUGCCCUCAGUCAGUGAAACAUUAGCAGUCCCAGCCUCCCUCCGCCCCCACAGACCCCGCCCGCUGGACCCAGACAGCGUGGAGGAUGAGUUUGAACUGUCCACCGUGUGUCACCGGCCGGAGGGUCUGGAGCAGCUGCAGGAGCAAACCAAGUUCACACGCAAGGAGUUGCAGGUCCUGUACCGGGGCUUCAAGAAUGAAUGUCCCAGCGGAAUUGUCAAUGAGGAGAACUUCAAGCAGAUUUACUCUCAGUUCUUUCCUCAAGGAGACUCCAGCACAUAUGCCACUUUUCUCUUCAAUGCCUUUGACACCAACCAUGAUGGCUCUGUCAGUUUUGAGGAUUUCGUGGCUGGUCUGUCAGUGAUUCUUCGGGGAACCAUAGAUGACAGGCUAAACUGGGCCUUCAAUCUGUAUGACCUCAACAAAGAUGGCUGCAUCACCAAGGAGGAAAUGCUUGAUAUCAUGAAAUCUAUCUAUGACAUGAUGGGCAAGUAUACGUAUCCUGCACUCCGAGAGGAGGCCCCAAGGGAGCAUGUGGAGAGCUUCUUCCAGAAGAUGGACAGGAACAAGGAUGGCGUGGUGACCAUUGAGGAAUUCAUUGAGUCUUGCCAGAAGGUCUGUCCUCAUCCUAGCCCUGCCCUGGGGGCUAUAGGGAUCCAAGAGCCUGGGGAUUCAGUGUCCCGACUGCUGGAGCUAAAGGGGCCAGGGAGUGGGUGGAAUGUACCUAUGAGGUGUUCUCAACUCCCAACAGCUCCUGCCCCCUUCCUGGCUGACACUCAGUGCUGAGGGUACCCCUGUUAUAAGAAAUAAGUGGUUCUCCACCUUCCAUCCCUACUCUAGAAAUUACAACACUAGACAGAAUGUCUCCUGCUAUGGUGCUUCCCCUAUCCCUGAUCUCAUAUGCAUUUCCUCUAAGAUUUCCUUCUCAGAAAGGCUGCUCUGUCAAUGGCACUGACUAGCCUGUCAGACCAGGGCCUUUGAGAACCUUUUGGAGGGAGACAAGAAUGUAGGGGGAGAAAUCUUAGGCCUGAGCUGGGCGGUUAGGUCAUAGGUGGCUGGGAUAGAGUACAGAAGGGCCUGGAGAUGGUCGGUAACACCUCAGGCAUGCCAGACUGUAGGUCUAAGCUCCAGAGGUCUGCCACCCCAGGAUAUCAAAAUAUGAGUUUCCAGCCUCUUCAGAAGACUCUGUCUCCUUGGGAAUGCCCCAGAAAUGUCCAUACUCUCCUCAGUAUCCCAGGAGAGCUUGGGAUCCUGAUAUCUGGCUCAUCCCUGGAAUUCCUUUCUCUCCUUCCUUCCUGUUUGUAGGGGUGGUGGCAGCAGCAGGGGAAUAUGGGUGGGAGAUGUCCCAGCUGAUUCCUGACAGAGUUUCAGCCUACCCUCUGAUGGCUGCCACUUAAGUUUUCAUUUGCCAUUUAUUCUAGACUUGGAGGCAUGGAGUGAGUCAGGGACCAUCCAGUGGAUGCCUUAGAAGAAAGGGGAAGGAGGGAGGCCGGUAUACCAUCUGAAACCAGUGUGGGGCAUUCACUAGAAUCUUGGCUCUACCUAGGCUCUAUUCUAACCCCCCAUGCAACCUCCUCAGUUCCUACUUGGGGUCUCCUCUUGCUCUAUUCAGUCUACCCAGAGAUGCCCCCUGAACACACUUAGAAGGCAGGGACAACUCUUGCCAUGCUGCCACCCUUUAAUAUACUUGCUCGUUCCAUUUAGCUCACCCUCCCAGUCAGUCAGGAUCUGAGGGUAAGGGCCCUAAGGGAGGUCCCUUUCCCAUCAGAACAUUGUUGACUGCUUUGCAUUUUUGGCUCCUCUGUAUAUUUUGUAAAAUAAAAACUAUACCAGAUCCAAUAAAACACAAUGGCUAUGCACAG